AUGUCUGCUGUGUUGCAAUACCCCCCUGAACUGCUAUUUACUAUAUGCGAAUAUAUUUAUGCCGCCGGUCUACCACCUUCCGAGUAUGCCAGUUCUCUCGAUCCACUCGCAAUUGGCGAGUUUGGAACGCCAGCGGCGUUACCAUCUUCCAUGCCACCGCCAAAUUGGAGCGAGCCAGAGGCACGAAAAACCCUUUCACGUCUCUGUUUAGUAAACCAUGCCUGGUAUGAAGCUGCCAAGCCAUGGCUGUGGCACAAGAUCGAGGUUCGUUUGCCCAGGAGCUGGCUUGCUCUCUUAGACGAGAUCACGACCGAUACCGAAGACGAUGAAAAGGCUGCUUUGGCCGUCAAAGAAUCUAUUCAAGCAGCCACUCGCGCUGCUCUAGCUAGUGCUGUGCGCACUGGUGCAUCUUCUGACGAAGAUGCAGCUAGGAAAUGGAAGGAAAGCAUUAUGGAGUCCUUGACUGGCCCAGAUGGUUCCAUUCCUCCUGAGCUGUUGACGCCUCCAGUAUCUCGCGACCCGAGUCCAAGACGUCUUAGACCGAAGAGUAAAAGUCCUGCUCGGUGGAAGAUUAUGAGGACAAUCAGUGACGCCGUUCAAAAUGUUAUGGAUCUUACUGAACCUGGAGUUUAUGUCCCGAGGCUUCAUGAUCCUCGUCCUGGCCGGUUUGUCCGUCAUCUAGACUUCAACCACUUUCGUACCAUCGGAAUGCGUCGUUCCGUAGAAGAUUCUGCGACUAGUCGUUUCGUGACCGGCGAACGCGUCGAAGCGCUUCUCAAGGAACUUCCAAACCUAACUGCUUUCGGUGCCACAGAGUACAUGGAUGGUGCUCUGUCGUUGCCUGUUCUGAACGAACUUUUACUUCGUGGUUCUGCUUCGAGAGGAGGGGGUCGCCCCACCCGUGGGCGAGGAAUUGUGACGGAGGAUCCCGAAGAAGAGGAUCGCGAAAGAAGGAGAGACUGCAAGGACCUUCAGGCCAUGGACCUUACUGGCUGUGUCAGCGCAGUUUUCGUGAGCGCCCUGACAGAUUUCGUCAAUACGCAUCUUCUUCACGAGGAUGAACAGUCUAGUGGGAGUGACGAUGAAGGUCGACGUCAGAUUAGACGUACUCGUGCUCGAUUUAUGCAAGAGGAGCCACUCACGUUCCCAAGGCUUCAGCGCCUUGGACUUCGUGGUGUGAAAUCGAUUCAACCUCAGAUCCUGAUGCCUUUCGUCCUCGCAUUCCCAUCCCUUACUCACCUUGACCUUUCUGCUACCCGAGUCACACCAGAAUUACUUAUUGCUCUUGGGGGCUCAACCAUUCGCCUGCAUUCGCUUGCGCUGGCCCGGUGUGUUCACCUAACUGGGUCCUGUAUCAGAGAAUUCCUCGUUCGUACACCGGCGGCAGCACAAAUCCGAGAACUCACGCUAUAUGGUGACCAAACAUUCCGAUCUCCGCUCACCACGGAUGAUCUUGCUGAAAUAAUAUCUUCCGCGCCGUGUUUCACCUCUGGUGAACUUACAUACCUCGACCUCUCAAGCGCACCUGUGACUAGAGAGCUUCUCAUUAAUAUCUGCAAACCGCAGCCAAAGCUGCGGUCGCUUGGUCUAUCAUAUAUUUCCGAUCUCAACUUAGACGUCAUCGCUCAAUUUUUAAAGAGCAAGGCUAUGAAUGUCGAGGUACUCACGCUUGUUCAGACUAGCCCUGAUCUAGAUUGGGGCGGGGUUGGACUUGGCGCACCUCGAGGCUCGGCACAACAGGCGAUGAUGGCUUUGCACUCUCAGAUUAUCGGGCCGCUGUGCACGCCCCCCUACAUGUCCACUCUGCGUUCGCAGACGGUUGUUAUACCUCCUGCUCCCACGCGGCUUCGGGUGAUUGAGCUUUCCGCGCCCGCCCUUGCUGCCCUCGGUGCUGGCGCCGGAUCCUGGAGAAUAAUCAGAAGUAAAGGUGGUCGAGGCUGGUAUGUCGAUACGGCCAGUGGCUGGGUUGGCACGGGGCUCGAGCGAAACCUUCCGAAAGCGCAUCCAUUUCGUGUUCAAAUGUGUCGCCUUGCAGAUGCCAACGGGAACGUAAAUAGCGGUGUCGGAUGGCAUGCGAGAAAGAUGGAAGUUUUACAUGGCUGUGGUAUGUUGGGACGUGAGGAUGGCCUGUACGGUGCCGUUUCGUUUGCUUAUCAGGGAUAG